AUGGUCACCAUGGCCGACGAAUCCUCCUCCCUCCCCAUAGACCAAUCCCACAUCCUCCUCACAUCAUUCAACACCUUCCUCACCGUCGCCAUCCACAACAUCCUCUUCUACCGCCGUCUCUACCCCCCCGAAACCUUCCUCUCCGCCCGCGCCUACAACCUCCCCGUCCACCAAAACCGUCACCCAAAAGUAUGCACCUGGAUCACCGACGCCGUCUCCUCCGUCGCCGCCCAGCUAUCAUCAGGCAAAGUCUACCUCAUAGCAGUAGUAAUCCACUCCCCUCUCGACCCUUUCUCCCUCUCCUUCCCCCCCUCCCCAUCCCCCAUCCCUCCAGGCUCAGUCCUAGAACGCUACACAUUCGACACCUCCCACUUCCCAACCUGGACAACCCCCUCCAUGGCCACCCACGCCCGGAUCCUGGAAAAGGACUUCCGCUCCGAAGUCACCCGUGAGCCGUUACUCAACCACCCCUCCCUUAACCUUACCAACCUUAACGAGCAAUUCCGGGCUUGCCUCCUCAAGAUGGCGCAGGUGAUGGAGCGGUUGAGUCCGAUACCAGAGGGGUGCACGUUCACGCUAGCUGUAGAGCUGAAAGAUGACGCUGCUGCUCCCAUCGGUCACCAUCAAGAUUGGAUCCCCUCAGAACCAACUGAUCCUCCACCAGAGCCACAAGACAGAAAAGGCAAGGGGGGGUGCGUCACCUCAGUGGCAUCCAGGGCAGAAACCGGGGUAGCAGCCAAAACUACACCAGUCAGGGUGGUGGAGGCUGGACCGCUGUGGUUUGAGUGCUGGGUUGAGGAGUCGAGGGCAAAGGUUGGGUUGAUGGAAUUUACGGCUGCGCAAGAGAGAGUGUGA